AUGCCGGGCUUCACCUGCUGCGUGCCGGGCUGCUACAACAACUCGCACCGCGACAAGGCGCUGCACUUCUACACCUUCCCCAAGGACGAGGAGCUGCGGCGCCUCUGGCUGAAGAACGUCUCCCGGGCGGGCGUCAGCGGCUGCUUCAGCACCUUCCAGCCCACCACGGGCCACCGCGUCUGCAGCGAGCACUUCCAGGGCGGUCGCAAGUCCUACCUGGUGCGGGUCCCUACCAUCUUCCCGCUCCGCGGCGUCAACGAGCGCAAGGCGCAGCGGGCCGCCCGCCGCCCCCGCCCCGCCGCCGCCGCCGCCUCCUCCUCCGCCGCCGCCUCCGCCGCCGCGCAGGGCCCCGGUGCCGCCGCCGCCGAGGCCCCGGCAGGGGGCGCGGCCGAGGACGUGAAGCCCAUCGACCUGACGGUGCAGGUGGAGCUCGGGGCCGGGGCGCCCGCUGGGCCCGGCCCCGGCAGGCUACCGGCGGCGGCAGGGGAGGAGGGCCCGGUGGAGGGCGGCCCCCCGGACCACUCGUACUCGCUGUCGUCGGGCACCACGUCGGAGGAGCUGCUGAGGAAGCUGAACGAGCAGCGCGACAUCAUUGCGCUGCUGGAGGUGAAGAUGAAGGAGAUGAAGGGCAGCAUCCGCCGCCUGCGCCUGGCCGAGGCCCAGCUCCGUGAGGAGAUCCGCGAGAAGGACCGGCUGCUCCACGCCGCCAGCGCCGGGACCCGCAAGCGUCACGGCCUCUGAGGCCGGGGCCCGGCCUGGGGCGGGGGGGUGUCCGGCCCG